GGAAGAAGUACGUCUGCAGCUAGAAUUGCGUAGGAUUGUCAAUCUUAACUAAUGCAUUUCCUACGGUUCCUUGUAGCCGCGCCGUUGGCUCUCGCGACGAGCAUCCCUAGGACCGUGGCCCCAACUACUUUCUCCGAAGCCACUGUCUUCAGUCCGCCAUCCGACUAUGUCGUUCCCCGUACCCUCUAUGCUCGCAACCUCCAAUUGCCCAAUGGCGAUCUAUUAGCCACCUGGGAAAACUACUCUCCCGAGCCACCAGCAGUCUUUUUCCCAAUCUAUCGAUCGACCGAUGCCGGUAAGACCUGGAGCGAGUUGUCUCGCGUAGAAGACACGGCCAAUGGGCUAGGUCUGCGCUAUCAGCCAUUCCUAUACUACCUGGAAGAGUCAAUUGGGUCAUUUGAGGCGGGGACUAUCCUACUGGCUGGGAGCAGCAUCCCCACAGACCUCGCGACUACUCAGAUCGAUCUCUAUGCUUCUCGCGACUCCGGCGCCACAUGGGAGUUUGUGAGCCACAUUGCUGCCGGUGGUGAAGCGCUUCCCAAUAACGGACUGACUCCAGUCUGGGAGCCCUUCCUCCUUGCCCACAACGGAAAGUUGAUCUGCUUCUACUCGGACCAGAGGGCCAACGAGACCCACGGCCAGAAACUCGUUCACCAGACAACCACUGACCUGAAGAACUGGGGUGACGUGAUCGACGAUGUUGUGUACCCAACCUACACUGAUCGCCCAGGCAUGCCAGUACUACCAACCGGUGAAUUCAUCAUGACCUACGAAUACGGCUCGUUCUUCAACACCUCAACCUACUCCUUCCCCGUCUACUACCGCAUCUCUGUAGACCCAGAAAGAUUCCUCGAAGCCCCGCACCAGAAGCUCGUAGUAUCCAGCGGGACCCAGCCAACCGGUUCCCCUUACAACGUGUGGACUCCCUUCGGCGGUGACAAGGGCACUCUUGUCGUCAGCUGCGGCAACUUGGGGUCUGUCUUUGUCAACCAGAAUUUAGGUGAGGGCGAGUGGACGGAGAUCUCUACCCCGGAGAGCGCGAGCUAUACACGGUCCCUGCGUAUCUUGCAGGAGAAGGAUAACUACCUCUUGAUUAACGGCGGUGGUGUGCUUCAGGGGAAGUCCAAUAAGGUUACUGUUACUGUGAUGGAUUUGGAGAGUGCUUUGGCAUAGAAGCUCGAUUUUACUUAGAUAUGACGGUUUUUG